GCGCCGCGGCCGCGCGGGAGCCUCGGUGCCUCGGGGCGGGAGGCGGCCGCGCACCCGCCCCGCCCCGCCCGCCCUUAAAUGCCGGCGCCGGGGCCGCGCUGUGGAGGGUAGUGCUGCCGCCGGCUCGUUUCAGCAUGGCCGGGCUGCCCCGACGCCUCCCGGCCCUCCUGCCGCUGCUGCUCUGCGGCUGCCUCUGGCCCUGCCCGCCCGCCGAGGCCGGCCUCCACUUCAGGGAAGGGCAGCACUGCUACAAGCCGGCGCGGCGCCAGGCUGCCGGGCUGAGAACCUACCCCCGGCCUCACGAGUACCUGGACAUCUCCAAGCUGCCCGAAAGCUGGGACUGGAGGAACGUGGACGGAGUGAACUAUGUCAGUACCACGCGGAACCAGCACAUCCCCCAGUACUGCGGCUCCUGCUGGGCCCACGGCAGCACCAGCGCUCUCGCAGAUCGAAUAAACAUAAAGAGGAAAGGUGCAUGGCCUUCUGCCUACCUCUCUGUCCAGAAUGUUAUUGAUUGUGCUGAUGCAGGGUCCUGUGAAGGUGGAGACCACACGGGUGUUUGGAUGUAUGCCCAUGACCACGGCAUUCCAGAUGAGACCUGUAACAACUACCAAGCGAAGGAUCAAAAAUGCAAGAAGUUUAACCAGUGUGGAACUUGUGUUACCUUUGGAGAAUGCCAUGUGAUACAGAACUACACUCUCUGGAAAGUUGCUGACUACGGCUCUGUCAGCGGAAGGGAAAAAAUGAUGGCAGAAAUCUACACUAAUGGACCAAUUAGCUGUGGUAUAAUGGCUACUGAAAAGUUGGAUGCUUACACUGGAGGACUUUAUACUGAGUACAACCCCUCACCCAUGGUGAAUCACAUAGUGUCUGUGGCUGGUUGGGGUGUGGAAAAUGGAACAGAAUACUGGAUUGUUCGCAACUCAUGGGGUGAACCCUGGGGUGAAAGGGGGUGGCUGAGAAUUGUGACAAGCGCAUACAAAGGUGGAAGAGGAGCAGAGUACAAUCUCGCUGUUGAAGAGGACUGUGCAUAUGGAGAUGCUGUACUUCCUUGAUUCUGCAUUGAGCAUCUUCCUGUUUAGGAACUACUUGGUUUGAAAGCUUCCCACCACAAUCUUUUUGUUUAAAGAAUAGUCUGAAAACUCUUUCAUAGUUCAGCAUAACUAGGCAAUUCUGCAACAUUAGCCCAGGUAGCAACACACAGUAUCUUGGAAGUUAAAUACAUUCAGAUCCAACACCACCUGCCAGCUGCUUUUAGGUAACUUUAAAAAAAAAAAAAAAGUUCAAGCAAUUAUCCAUGAAAAUCUGUCUGUCUUGAAGCACAAUAUUUAAACCAUGUCAACUUACUCACAGAAACUGUACAGAUAAAUCUGUGUAUAUAUUUUUUUAAUACAAAUUAUGUAGAUGUACUAGGUAAGAAAAAUGAACUCCUUUAAUACUUUUGUCUAGAGCUUACACUAAACUCUCAAAGUAUGACAAUACCAAGGAAAUAUCACACUAUGCUGUAGAUGAAAAAAGCAAAGCUAUGUCUGGACAUAAUAUAUUCAAAAACUAAAUUCUAUGUUGGUUCCUUGGCCUCCUGGUGACACACAGUAUUGUUGCUAGUCUUGUAUAAUGCAGUCACUUUUACUCAACUAGAAGUGAUGUAACAGGAACAACUUUGAUCAAAAGUUUUUAAAGGAACACUUACUGAGGAGUUAUUCACCACUCUUUGCUUUAAUUCUUGAUUGGCUAUGCUAUUUUUCUCCUACAGGGCAAAGUAUAAAUUAUGUCUGCCAUCAGAGCUCUCUUCAUACUAGCUAAUAUGAGGAAAGGUAGCAAGUUCUCUUGCUUAAGCCUGAGCCAAUUACUAAGUGACAAUCAGUGCUAUAACAAGUGUCAUUAACUGGCAUUGUUAAUCACAUCUAAUAAACUGACAUUUUAAUUCUAAA